AUGCGAGUCAAAGCCAUGACGAGCUUGGUGGUGCAAAAUCGUCGUCAACCGCAACGUUUGCCUAACCCAGCAAGUACGGAGGCCUACGUUGAGUCGGCGCUGUUCUCCCUGGAUCCUCCACAGAAGUGCUUCAACGCCAGCUACGGUCUCUUUCGCGGACAAAUCAGCACCCGAGUGCCGGAUCGUGGCGACCUCGUGAGAGCUGGCUUCGCGCAUCUGCGCUCACCCGAGCACACCCACUUCGGCUUCCUCGCGGAGUACAACUUCAACCCCUACACCCACCUCAUCAUCAGGUAUCGCGGUGACGGCAGGACCUAUCGACUGAACAUCCACCCCAGGUCUGAUUGGGAUGUCUUCUGGUUCGACAUGCACCAAUUCCCGCUCUACACACGAGGCGGUCCCUACUGGACCAUAGCGAAGAUACCCUUCUCGGCGUUCUACCUGUCAAACAAGGGCCAAGUGGUGGAUCGCCAGCACCGACUGCCACUGACGAACGUGCGAAUGAUCUCCUUCACCCUGGCCGACCGCAUCCCUGGACCCUUCGCACUGGAAAUCGACUACAUUGGUCUUUACUAUGACAUGUUCCACAAAGAGAUGUUCGCCUACGAGCAGUACGAUUCACCUGCCAUCUUGAAGUGA